UUUUUUUUUAUUUCCAUCAUUAUAAAUAUCAGUGUUCAUGAUACAGGCCUUGUUAUCAACAAGUAGUUGUUAUCGCUCUAUGCAUGUUGCUUUUCGUGGUACUAAUACUCGCUCUCUCUUAAAGACUUAUACCACUAAAGCUCUAUCUUCUGGUGAUCAACUUCAUGGUUAUCUCGUUCAACAGGUACAAAAAGUAGAAGAACUCGAACUCACUGCUAUUCUUCUGGAACAUCAACAAACUGGAGCACAACAUCUUCAUAUCGAUCGUAACGAUGCUAAUAACGUCUUUGCUGUUGGAUUCCAUACACCUGUCAAAAACAGUACCGGAGUGGCGCAUGUUUUGGAACAUACUACACUUUGUGGUAGUCAUAGAUAUCCUGUACGUGAUCCUUUUUUCAAAAUGCUGAAUCGAAGUCUAGCUACCUAUAUGAAUGCUUUGACUGGUAGUGACUAUACGGUGUAUCCUUUUGCUACGACUAACGCUGUGGAUUACAAAAAUCUAGAAGGGGUUUAUAUGGAUGCUGUAUUCCAUCCAUUACUAUCAGAAUUGGACUAUAAGCAGGAAGGAUGGAGAUUAGAACAUGAUGAUUUGACAGAUUUGUCAAGUCCUAUCAAUUUCAAAGGUGUUGUAUAUAAUGAAAUGAAAGGAAGAAUUUCUGAUCCUGGAUACCUCUUUUAUAAGCAAUCUCAACAAUCCAUGUACCCAGGAACGACAUAUGAAAAUGCAAGUGGUGGUGAUCCUACAUUUAUCACUGAUCUUACCUACCAAGAUCUUCUCGAUUUCCAUAAGACUCAUUAUCAUCCAAGCAACGCAAAAUUUUAUACUUAUGGCAACUUCUCAUUGGAGGACCAUUUGGCAACGAUUCGUACUAAAUUAAACGGCUUUGGCAAAUCUGAAAUACCUUUUGUGAACAAGAUUCCUGAUAGAUGGGCAAAACCAAGAAAAGUAGUAUCAAAUUGCGCUUUGGAUCCAAUGGUGCCUGUUGAUCGACAAACGCGGUUAUCUUACUCCUUCUUGACCAAUGACAUUCAUGAUUCAUUUGAAACAUUCUCUAUGCGAGUAUUAUCAACUCUAUUGUUGGAAGGUCAUAGCUCACCCAUGUAUGAAGCGUUGAUUGAUUCUCAUCUUGGUACAUCGUUCUCCUCAAAUACUGGCUAUAAUCGAAACACAAGAAUUAGUAAUUUAACUAUUGGGUUACAAGGUGUCAAGACGCAAGAUGUUGAUCAGGUGGAAACUAGAAUUAAACAAGUUUUAGAAAAGGCCAGGAUGGAUGGAUUCGAUUCUAGAAGAAUUGAAGCAACACUUCAUCAAAUGGAAUUGGGUUCUAAGCACAAAACUUCAAAGUUUGGAUUGACAAUUAUGCAUUGGAUUACAUCGGGAUGGUUCAAUGGUGCGGACCCUAUUGAUCUACUACAUAUUAAUAAGUACAUUGCCCGUUUAAGACAAGAACUUCAAAAAGGCCCAUAUUUUGAAUCUCUUAUUGACAAAUAUUUGCUCAGAAACACUCAUGUUUUGACAUAUAUCAUGCAUCCGGAUGCAUCCUUCAACACUGUUACCGCCAACGAAGAAAAGGAUCGACUAGCGAGGAAAAUACAACAAGAGGAGAAGCAACAACAACAACAACUGAUGGAACAAGCUCAACAAUUGGAAAAAAAGCAGAACAUAAUAGAUGAUGUAUCUUGUUUGCCUACUCUUCGUAUCGAUGAUAUUCCCUUGAAACAACCAAAGAUCGUGGUGGAACAUACUGGUCUAUGCAAUACUCCCAUCCAAUGGCGGACAACGUCUACCAAUGGUAUCACCUAUUUCCGGGCCAUCUGUACUCUACCUCCUCUUAUGGAUGAUUUGAAGCAAUAUGUGCCUCUGUUUUGUGAUGCAUUACAUUCUCUUGGAACGAAAUCUCAAAGCAUGGCUGAAUUAGAUGAUGAAAUUCGAUUAUAUACUGGUGGAUUGGGAUUCUCUGCAACUACAUCAACUAAUCAUUCAGAUAUUAACGCUAUGGAAGAAGGCAUCAUGUUCUAUGGCAACUGUUUGGAUCGAAAUAUAGAAAAGAUGUACGAUUUGACUAGACGAUUGAUUAGAGAAACAAAUUUUGACAACAUACCCAAACUUAGGUCCUUGAUUAGACGUAAUGCAUCGUAUCUGAACAACUCAAUAGUGAAUUCAGGUCAUAUGUACGCCAAAACGUAUGCAUCUGCUACACUGACACCUUCUUCUGCAAGCAAUGAACUACUUUCUGGUAUCACUCAAAUCAAGUUUAUGAAUCAAUUGGCAGCGAAAAGUGAUGAUGAUCUUUUGGACGUGAUAGAACAUCUCAAGCAGAUUGCUACAUUGGCUAUUCAUCAAACUUCGUUACGUGUGGCUGUGACAUGUGGGGAAGAAGCAAUUAAUGACAAUAUGAAGUAUCUAUCUGGAUUGAUUACUGGACUACCUGAAAAUGCAGAUAUCAAAUUUAGCAAGGAAAUAGAACAUACGACACAAUUCGAUCCAACAUUCAAGAAAACGUUCAUUGGAAUCCCAUCUCAGGUGGAUUUCUCAGCCAAGUCAUUACGUGGUGUACCAUAUACACAUAUCGAUAGUGCCAAACUGCAAAUUCUGUGUUCAUUAUUGACAAGCCGAUACUUACAUCGUGAAAUUCGGGAAAAAAAUGGAGCUUAUGGUGGUGGAGCAAUCUAUGGUGCAUUAACAGGAUUAUUGACGUUUUAUUCUUAUCGGGACCCCAAAUCAAAUACGACAGUGGAAACUUAUAACAAAGCAAUGGAUUGGGUACGAAGAUAUACAUUUACUGAUCAAGAUUUAACUGAAGCCAAACUAUCCCUUUUUCAACAAGUGGAUGCACCCGUCAAUGUGUCUAUGGAAGGAAUGCCUCAAUUUAUCAGUGGACUUUCGGACAACAUGCGACAAAUUCGACGUGAACAACUUUUAUCGGUGACUCAAAAUGAUAUUAAGGAUGUUGCUGAACAAUAUUUGAAUCAAGCAUAUGGAAUCACAAUCCUUGGAGAUGAAAAGAAAUCGGGCAAGGAUUUACCCAGUGACUGGAAGAUCCAUAUACCGUAAUCAAUAGUAUAGAAUUAGAAUUUUUUUUUAUUAUACAUUAUUGUUAUUAAUAAUAAAAAAAAAACGCUCAUAUAUGUGUAUAUAUAUAAAAA